CUUGGGGCUCUGCCCUCUGAUAUGGAGAAGACCGGGAGCUACAGUCCGCGUUUCGGCUCACCUGGGCGCUGGCCGGGGCAGGAGUCUCAGGAGUCAUGUCGUCGGACGUCCUGCUGUUGUCCGCUCCGGGAAAAGUUAUCCUCCAUGGAGAACACGCUGUGGUUCAUGGCAAGGUGGCUCUGGCGGUGGCCUUGAACCUGAGGACGUUUCUCCUGCUGCGACGGCCGAGCAAUGGGAAAGUGAGCCUCAACUUACCCAACAUUGGGGCCAAGCAGGUCUGGGACGUGGCCACACUUCAGCUGCUGGACGCAAGCUUUCUUGAGCAAGGCGAUGUCCCGGCACCCACCUUGGAGCAGCUGGAGAAGCUGAAGAAGAUGGCGGGCCUCCCCAGAGACUGUGCAGGCAAUGAGGGCGUGGCCCUGCUCGCCUUUCUGUACCUGUACCUGGGCAUCUGCCGGAAGCAGAGGACACUCCCGAGCCUGGACAUCGUGGUGUGGUCGGAACUGCCCCCAGGGGCAGGGUUGGGCUCCAGCGCCGCCUACUCGGUGUGUCUGGCAGCCGCACUCCUGACUGCCUGUGAGGAGAUCGCCAACCCCCUCAAGGAGGGGGGCUCUGUCAGCAGGUGGCCCGAGGAAGACCUGAAGUCGAUUAACAAGUGGGCCUUCGAGGGGGAGAGGGUAAUCCACGGGAACCCCUCCGGCGUGGACAACGCCGUCAGCACCUGGGGAGGAGCCCUGCGCUACCAGCAAGGGAAGAUGUCGUCCUUGAAAAGGCUCCCUGCUCUGCAGAUCCUGCUCACCAACACCAAGGUCCCACGGAGUACCAAGGCGCUCGUGGCUGGUGUCAGAAACAAGCUAAGCAAGUUCCCUGAGAUCGUGGCCCCGCUCCUGACCUCAAUUGACGCGAUAUCCCUGGAGUGUGAGCGCGUGCUGGGGGAGAUGGUGGCGGCGCCAGUCCCGGAACAGUACCUCAUACUAGAAGAGCUAAUGGACAUGAACCAGCACCACCUAAACGCCCUUGGGGUGGGCCAUGCCUCCCUGGACCGGCUCUGCCAGGUAACGGCGGCACUCGGACUGCACAGCAAGCUGACCGGCGCAGGCGGCGGCGGCUGCGGCAUCACCCUCCUGAAGCCAGGUCUAGAGCGAGCCAACGUGGAGGCCGCGAAGCAGGCCCUGACGGCCUGCGGGUUCGACUGCUGGGAGACCAGCAUCGGGGCACCUGGGGUCUCCGUGCACUCGGCCGCCGCUGUAGAGGACCGGGUCCGACAAGCCCUGGGCCUCUGAGACCUUCCGAGAAGCCUCGAAGCAUCUGGGGCGGGAGUUGGUCCCCGUGCAGACACGUUUCCUGCUGGUAGCGCCUGCUAGACUGAGAAGCGCCACCUCCAUGCCCAUCUGUACCCUGGCGUUGCAGAAGCCAGACAGCCGUCCGCUGUGGUGUCCUCUGAGAUGCAGGCUGACACGGGGGUCCUCGCCCCGGAGCCCCUGCGCGCGCAUCUGCCUGGGCCUGGCCUCCGUCUGCCUCACACAGACUCUCUGGCUCCUAGCCGUGCACCCUUCUGUCCAGCCAACGUCGGAACCGCCUGGCCCGCGGCUCCCGUCCGUCCUCUCUCCGGGAUCGUCGGCUGAGGCAAGGCGUGCCGACUGUCUGUGUCCAUGUGUCCUCGUGGGAGAGCUGCCGUGGGGAAAAUAAAGAGAUGGUACAAAGCAA